AUGGAAAUCAAUGAUGACCUCCCGCAGGACGUUGAAACCGAAGAGGACCUCACCCUAGAGGAAUUAGACGGGCACAAGGGGAUAAUCGAGGCAGAAUGGAGCGAAUAUUUUCAAAUUUAUGCCAAUCUAGCUGAGUUUCUUCCACCUGAUCACGAGUAUGUCAACGAAAUGAUCCAUGAACGAGCCACCAGCACAAGACGACAAGCCCUGAUGCUCAUUGCUCGGCUGAAGGGUCAACUGGCAAGAAAGAAGGAUUCAAUUAGCAGCUCAACGGAUCAAAGCCAGGCAAAUCAGCUGAAGCGUCUUGACAUCAAGCCAUUCGAUGGGAAACCGGAGGAAUGGAAGGAGUUCAGUGACCUUUUCUUGUCACUGGUGGGAAACGUAACGUCAAUCCCACCAGUACAGAAAUUGGUGAGACUAAAGGGUUGCCUGAGAGGUCCUGCACCAGCUCUCCUCUCAACCUUUCAGGCCAAGGACGAAAACUAUGAAAAGGCUUGGCAGAAACUCACCAGGAAGUACGAGGACCCAAGGCUCGUCGCUCAGUCGCUGUUCAACAGAAUCCUUACGUUACCGAAAAUCACCCAAGCGACAGAAGAGAACCUCAGCACCAAUGGAGUAGCAGCAUUGGAGACCCUCGAUCAACUGCAAGACGUGACGGGGUUAACGACGGAAAACAUCGCUGAACAGCUGAUAGCCCACUUGCUGAGGAGAUCUCUUGAUGCAGAGACACUCAAGCAGUGGGAACUAAAGUUGGGAGACUCCAAGGAUUUCCCGAGCCUUAAGGAGUUCGUGGCAUUCAUCGAGGCCUGCGGCAGAGGGACCAACGCAGGUGCCAAGCUGUUAUCAAUGAAGGAAAUCAACACAGCCACGAAGAAGUCAGCUCCACCAAAGAAAAGGAGCACCUAUACAGCAGCAACUCACCAUCAGGAGACUAAGGAGCCAGAAAGACAACUUCCCAGGAACUGCUGUACCUACUUUCAGGAUAAACAUUUCAUCGCAUCCUGCCAGAGGUUCAUUGAGCUCACCCCAGCUAAGAAAAACGAAGUCGUUAUCACCAAGGGGCUGUGCUUCAACUGCUUAAGGCCACAUACGAAGGCCAAGUGCACGUCGGACAAGAAGUGCCACAGAUGCAGCAGGUAUCACCACACUCUCAUCCAUGGAGGGAGCUCAUGGACGAUGAGCCCGCUUCCAGCCCGACGCAGAACAGCUGAGCCCAUCCCGACUGCCGGAACGUCCAGGCAGCAAGAGGAUCACGGGAACACCAGAGCACUCAUCGACCAGGGUUCAGAGGUAUCGUUUAUCUCCGAACAAUUAGUUAAUCAACUGCAUUUACAGAGAAGAGCAUCAACAGUGGAGCUAGUGGGAAUUAAUUCAGGACACACCAGAGGAAUAGUCUCAGUCACUCUACAAGCGAGCCACGGGACUCAUCAACUGCAACUCAACGCCCACAUUCUAAAGAAGCUCACCGUAAUAAUUCCGUCAUUUUCAUGCUCAUCAGCGAGGAUCGGCUCACUUCAGAAUCUUCAGCUAGCCGAUCCCCAUUAUCUAAGGCCUGGACCAAUCGACAUCAUACUAGGGGCUGACAACUAUGGGCGGAUCAUCAUGGAUGAAGUUGUCAAGUCAGUGCAAUCGAGAGUAGUUGGCCAACGCACAGUAUUCGGAUGGAUACUAUCCAGACCAAUCGAAUGCACAAAUUGUUCAAUAAAGGUAUCUCUAUCAGCUGUACGAGAAUCUUCAAAUGAACAACUUCUAGAGCUUCUCCAGAAAUUUUGGGUCCAGGAAGAACUGCCAAACGAGAGAUCAUCAACAUCAGAGCUUUCACCAGAUGAGUACGAGUGCGAGAUGCACUUUAGAGCAACUCAUAGCAGAGACAACACCGGGCGAUACAUCGUGAGACUGCCCCUCAAAACUUCAGCAGCAGUGCUCGGAGAAUCGAAAUUCAAAGCAGCACGUCAACUCAAAUCGAUCGUGAGUCGACUCAACACAGAUCAAGCAUACUCCCAGUUGUACAGAGAGUUCAUCAACGAGUACGCAGCACUGGGGCACAUGAGAAUAGCACCAGAGACUCCAGAACCCGUGCCAGCGUACUAUCUUCCACAUCACGGGGUACUGAGAGAGGAGGCCAUCACAACGAAGCUGAGAGUCGUAUUCAAUGGCUCCAGCCCCAGUUCAUCAGGUAUGUCACUUAACGAUAUACUGUAUUCUGGUGAAAAAUUACAGCACGAUGCCAGGCUCAUGUUUGGCACGGAUAUUGUCAAGAUGUUCCUUCAGAUACGAGUUCACCAAGGUGACUGGGAUCUUCAGAGAAUCCUGUGGAUCGACGAGAAUCAACAACCAGUCACCUACCAGUUAACGACAGUCACCUAUGGACUAAAUUGUUCUCCAUGGUUAUCGUUACGCGUUCUUCAACAACUAGCAGAAGAUGAAGGGUAUCGCUUCCCAGCAGCAGUAGAGACACUCACCAGAGGUCGUUACGUUGACGACAUUUACGGCGGUGCAGAGACAGAAAACGGUCUCAAGGAGAUCGCAACGCAACUACAAGGGCUUUGCCAUGCAGGAGGCUUCUCUUUACAGAAGUGGAGCAGCAAUUGUCCAGAGGCUCUGCAUGAUUUGGGCCUAUCAACUGAAGAAGAAAUUAUCCAGUUCGAGGAGUCAGUCACCAAGGUACUUGGAUUGUGUUGGCAUCAAUCCACCGACACAUUCCGAUACAAAUCAAAGAAUUUUAAUACGACGACAAUCACCAAGAGAGUAGUCUUUUCUGAAAUAGCCCAGAUCUUUGAUCCACUGGGAUUUAUCGCACCAGUUGUCGUCCAGGGAAAGAUUCUCCUACAAGAUCUUUGGAGAUUGAAAUUAAAAUGGGAUGAUCCUCUUUCAGACGAGUAUGUUCAACGUUGGAAGACAUUCCGAGAGAAUCUCAACGACCUAGACAGAGGAACUGUACCUAGAUGGAUAAGAAUUUCAAUAGAGACACUCAACAUCCAAAUUCAUGGAUUUGCAGACGCUUCAACGGUAGCCAUGAGUGCAGUGCUGUAUAUUCGCACCAAAAUCAUCAACGACUCAACAUCAACAGUGCUGGCAUGCGCGAAGACGAAGGUAGCACCACUCAAGCGCAUGACCAUCCCUCGUCUAGAGCUCACAGCGGCUCUUCUACUGACUCAACUAGUGGCAUCAACGAAACAAAUGCUCCAACUCGACCAGGUAGACACCUAUCUCUGGUCUGAUUCUUCAGUAGCACUAGCUUGGAUCAGGAGCCACGCAUCAAGAUGGAAGGACUUCGUCCACAACAGGGUCGUCAAGAUCCAGGAAACUCUCCCGAAUGCUACCUGGAGACAUGUCAGUGGAAAGGAGAAUCCAGCUGAUUGUGCCUCCAGAGGCAUAUCACCGAGCCAGCUAGCAGAUCAUCAACUGUGGUGGUCAGGACCUGAAUGGAUCAAUCAGGAUCCUAAAGAAUGGCCACACUCAUCAAUCGACGCUCCAGCCAUGGAUAUCCCAGAGGUGGUCAGAGAAGCAAAACCAGCACCAGCACAUCCAGUUGCAAUUGAAAUCAACGAAAUUGCAGAGCUACUCAACAGUGUCGUGAUCCAGAUAGAGGCCUGCCUAAAUUCAAGGCCAAUCUGUCCCAUGUCAGAUGACCCAGACGAUCUCCAAGUACUCACCCCAGGACACUUCCUGAUAGGUGAGCCUCGUCAACUGAUUCCAGAGCCAUCAAUCAUCGACAAGAACCCCAGCAAACGGCAGAGAUGGAACCUGGUAACGCAGCUAACUCAACAAUUCUGGUCCAGGUGGGCCAAAGAGUGUCUUCAACGUUAUCAAGCAAUCUAUAAGUGGACACAUCGAGAAGAGAACAUCAAGGUUGGCCACAUGGUGCUGAUGAUCGACGAAAAUUAUCCACCAGCACAAUGGCCAAUCGGACGAGUCAUUGCGACACGCCCAGGAGCAGAUGGACUAACGAGAGUCGCAACUAUAAGAACCGCAAAAGCAGAAGUACCAAGGCAGGCAGAUGGAUCACCAAUCAUAGAAAACAUCGGAACAAUCUACACAGAGCUUGACAGAUCAAUCACCAAGCUUUGCCUACUGCCAUCAGAUCCACCACCUCCAGAGCAACCUUCAGACGAUGAUGCAGAAGAAGCUCAACAGGAUUAG